AUGGAUCUGACCGAUGAUCAUAAUGUUGAUAAAGAUGAGCAAGCUAAUGCUCUUCUUAUAGAAAUGAGAAGUUUUUCAACAGAGGAAAAAUGUCUAAUGGCUCAACCCCGUAUUGAGCAAUCUGUGGAAACAGUUCAAACCAACCCGUCUAUCGAAGAAGAAGUCGUUAAGGAACCCGAUCAAGCUAUUAUUAAUCAGGAAGAGGAAGUGUUGGAGUCUCCUGUUCUUGAAGCAGAGGCAUCUCCAGAGAAAGAUGCUGAAGUUAGUCAGCCUGAUGAAGCCAGAUCUGAGGGGGAACCCUCAAAAGACAAGAAAUCAGAGAAGAGUUCCUCAUCUGAAGGGGAACAAGCCAAAAAUGAUGGAUCUUCCAAACUUCUACCAUUUCUUGGUAUCACUGCUACCAAUAUUCAUGAUAAUAUUCUCAACCCUUAUCAUGAUUCAGUAAAUUUUUUCGAUAUAGUUCACAAGGUUUGUGAAGAAGUUUUGGAAGAAGAAAAAGAAAAAUCUGAAAGUGAGUUAGAGAAGGAUGGACCCGAACAAUCCAUGCAAGUUCAUACCCACAUCAGUCCUAUUCUAACCGCUCUAGUAGAUUCUCAAGAGAUUUCAUCUAACGAAGGAUUAUCUGCUGACGGUACGAAGCUUAUGAAGUCCAUGACAGAAUUGAUGGCAACUCUUCAGAAGAAUAUGGCUGUAAUGGAAUCAAAUAUGAUGAAAAUCAUGAAGACUCAAACAUCAAGCAAGAAUGAAAUUGUAUAUCUUCUUAAAACCCAUAAUGAGAUGGAGCAGACAUUGAAGAAGAACACGUAUGAAUUUCAUAUCGUCAACAAGUCUUACUCUAAAUUUGAGAAGAAUUUCUUCAAACGGAAAUCCGAGUUGUUUGACUGCGAAAGAGAAAACAACAUUGAAAUGCAUAAUGAAGCUGAUUCUUUUGCAAGAAAGAUUCUGGAAGAAGAAGAUGCAAAGACUGUUGCCGAGAAAGAGAAGAAUCUUAUCACUCAAGGUGAGGACAAUAGAGGAAGAAGAGGUGGUGAUGUUUCAACAGGCACCAGGUUCAAACGAAAGACAAGCGAUGAUAAUAUCGACAGACCAAUAAAAAGAGGCGGAGGUCGCAGCGGUGAUCGCGGUGGUAGAAGCACUGGAGGCGAUCGUGGUGGCCGAAGUACUGGAGGUGAUCGUGGUGGCCAAAGUGGUGGAAGUGGUCGUGGUGGACAUUCUCUCCCUCUUUUUCACAACCUGCUGACUGGUGAAAAGAUGAGCGGUGAAAGAUUCAACUACCCAAUCGACCCACUCAUCAAAAGGGAAGAACAAUAA